UUGAUUCUAAAUUAUUCGAUUUAUCGUUUUAGACCAUUCUCGCCGGGAGAUUAUGAUUUGUACAAAAGAGUAGUGGCUCUCAAAAGCAGUGACUCGGAUCUCAAAGUUCUCAUUUCAUACGGAGGCUAUAAUUUCGGCUCCUGGACCUUUACGGAGAUUCGGGAAACUUUUGACAAAUCAAAACCCGGUCUACUGCUCACCGCAGCUGUUGCUGCUGGCGAGGAUACUGUACUGAAUGCUUACGAUAUUAAAUCGAUGGCUAAUUCCUACGAUUAUAUUUUCUUGAUGUCCUACGAUCUGCACGGCUCCUGGGAGUCGACCACGGAUAUGCACGCCAAACUGCGUGAAAAGAGCGGUGGUGGCAUCUACAACACCGAGUAUUCAGCAAAAGUGUGGGUGAAUGGAGGGAUGCCAAAAAGCAAGGUCGUUAUUGGGAUCCCGACCUAUAGUAAAGGAUACCGCCUUACAUCAUCGGCAAACGGACUUGGUGCCAGCGCAAAUGGUCCCGCAGCUCCUACUGCAGUUUACACCGACGGAGCGGGGGCAGCAUAUUGGGAGAUCUGUGAUAUGAUCAAAUCUGGUGGCAAGGAAACAACUGAGACAACAGCGGUUGGCGCAUAUAUGUCACAAGGAACUAACUGGCAUGGAUACGACAAUCCAGCGAGUAUUAAAAUAAAGAUGGAAUGGAUUUUAAAGGAAGGCUAUGCAGGCGCCUUUAUAUGGGCGUUGGACACUGAUGACUUUAAUGGAAAGCACUGUGGAAAAGGUACAUAUCCGCUAAUGAACGCAAUCAAUGAGGGUUUGGGAGGCGCAGUGCUGCCAGAAACGACGACGAAAACACCCGGUCAGGUGAGAAAACGCUUCAAAUUAUUUGAAAGAUACUGAAA